AUGCCAUCCCCGAUUACUGCAGGUCUCCACUGCCUAUUUCUACUGGUCACAGCACGUUGCCAGACAUCACAGGACUCAAACUUUGAUCCAUUCAUCCCAUAUGUAAUUGACAGUGUGCUAGGAGAGGAAAGCUUCCAUUCAGAGAUGCAAAGGCAGAAGCGAAACAUGCUUAUUUUUGACCUUCCCCCUCUGGAGUACACCGUUGACAUUGAAGUAAGCCUUAUGGAUUCAUCUUUUCUGGAGCCAAUCAAAGAGUAUAUCAAAAACAUUAAUCUUCCAGUUUCAACAAAUAUUUCAAAUGUAGAAAUGACAGUUUCAAACAUCAACAUUACAACAGUCUGUCUGCCCAGUGAGGAGAACAAUAGUUGUUGUUCUUGUGAAAAUGGAUAUGCCUGGCCAAGUGCGGUGUGUCGUGACUUGAUAACCUGCGCAUCUGUCAGCCUAGCACCUGACCGGCCCUGUGGCUACAUGAGGCAAAUGCCUUUCUACGGGGCUUACUGUGAGCCUCAGACUGAAGAAUCAUGUGGCAUGGGAGAACCCAUUGUAAUGUAUAUGUCAGUCAGACUCGACACAGACUUUGGGGAUGAUCUCAGGAAUUCUUCUUCUGAAUUAUACAAAAAAUAUAAGGCUGACCUUGAAAAAGCGUUUAAUGCUAGCUACAGAUGUUUACCAGGCUUUGUAUCGGCAACAGUAACUGGUUUCAGGCCUGGAAGUGUUUUUGUGAACUACGAAGUAAAAGCAGGAGCAGCAAGCUUUGAUCAGAUAGCAAGUUCCAAUAGAUUUGUACCACGAUUUCUACAUGCAUCAUACGAGCUAAAGCCAACUACCUUCACAACAGAAAUAACUAAUCAGACAAACUUCACCGUGAGUCCUGUAGACAUUUUUGAAGGGGAUACAGUACAACUGACUUGUCAGAUAAAUUCAGGAGCUGACAAUAUGACCUGGUAUUAUUUUGAUCGGGCCAUUUCAAGCGGCUUCCCAUAUUCGAUAAUGAGAAAAUUGUCAAGGAAAGCCUCAGAGUCGACUCUUAAAAUUGCCAACGUUACAAUGAAGGAUUCUGGUUCCUAUAAGUGCGUUUUCACAAACAGCAGUCAGUCUGACACACUGAUAUACACGGACACGAAAACGAUAGCAGUAUCUCCGCUACACAUGACUCCAAACUUAGACGACAUCAGUAUUAUAUGCAAUAGUCUUGAAAUGCAGACAAACAGUCCUCUGCUGUCCUGUUGUAUUGACAGACAGCUACCAUCACUUACUGGUGACUGGAAAGUAAAUGGAGAAAUCAAUAUUACAGGAUUCUCCAAUUUCACUAAAAACUGCACUGAAUACAAGCUCAACAUCAAUGAAUUACUAUGCCAUCCUGAGAAGUCAGGUACAGUGACGACAUAUACAUGCGAGCUGCAGACUGGACAGGGUGCCAGGCGCAGUCAAAACAUCAGAGUGACGUACCUCCGGACAGCCCACGUAACAAUAUCUUCAAGCAUAAACUCAUCAGUUUCCGAGGGAUAUGCUUUCAAUCUAACCUGUGAAAGUGAUGUGAGCAGUUAUGACAGUAUCAGUUGGAAAAUCCAGUCUGGAAAUAAAACAAAAACAGUAGACUGUGGUACGUGCAUCAAAAAUAGCAAAUUUCCAGCCACGUCUGUGCUCACAGUGAAGACUGCCACACAGGACUGGAACGGCACCUACAUCUGCACAUUCUCCCAGAAGAACCUGGAGAGUUCUGCCAACAUGACAAUUGAGAUUAUUUCCUUGCCUCUGAAGCAGAACAUCCUGAUAGACCCCAUUGAAGCACCUAUACAGUGCAAACUGCCACAAGCCCUUGAGUGCUGCAUAAGUGCUAACACCAUGGAAGAUUACACUGUCACAUUUGUGGUUCAACAAAAUGAAUUUCAAGUUGGGAAACAGAAAAAAGGAAAUUUGUUUUGCUACAUGUACAAUUACACAGAAACAGAAUGCAGCAAAGAGAAAAAUGUCACGGCACAUUGCAAGUUUAUUAACAACAUUGAACAGGAAGUCAACAGUGAAAAUAUAACACUGCGCCUGAUACUUGGUAAGGAAGUUUCCUGCUCAGACAGCUUUGGCACUGGAAUAGAAGGGGCCACAUUAAUAAAGCCAUGCUGUGAGUUAAAUAAUCCAGAUGGUUUUACCAGAGGCAAUAAAAUUUACAAGUGCUCCAAGAAAUCAUGGAUGAUUGAAAGGAAUGACUGCCUGUCUGUACCAGUAAACCAACUGCUGACUAGUGCCAAGAACUUGGUCAGCAGUCCUGAGGCAAAAGCAAACCUACCUAACUACCUUGCAGAGCUUAGGAAAAAGACAGAAAAAGAACAAAGCACAAUAAACAAUUCUCCUGCAGACCUUGGAGCAAUCGUUACCAUCCUGGAUAUGAUCUCCUCUAUCCCAGCAGAUGCGGAAGAGGACAAUAUUCAAAAUUUCCUCUCCACGGUGGACUUUAUUGUUGAUGAUUCCACAACUGAAGUUUGGGAAGAACUGAAUAAAGAGGAGACACCCAAAAGUUCUUUGUUACUGUAUUCAGUAGAAAAUUUUUCCCUGCGCCUCCAACCAGUUAAUAAUAUCAUUCCUCCUGUCUCUGCAAAGACCCUUCAGCUGCAAGGCAUAGUUGUCCCAGAAAAUAGCAACACAGAUUAUAAUAAGACCUUUCACAGUACAGAAAACCUCACAGUUAAUGUGCUCAUUGGUGAAACUGAAAUUCAGACUCUAACCCAAAAUUCAACCAUUGUCAGUGUGAUGUACUCAAAACUUGGACGUAUUUUGCCCCGGAAUGAGUCUGAGUAUGUGAACGGCUUACUGAUAACAACAACUGUGAGCAGCAACAGAAGCCAGAAGUUCGAUAUUAAUAUGACCUUUGCAAAGAAAAACCCAUCUCUAAUGAUGCCCCAGUGUGUCUUUUGGAACUUCACACUCAACAAAGGUAUGGCGGGCUGGGAUACUCAUGGUUGUACACCCACAGAGGUUGAAAAUUAUGUCAUUUGCUCCUGCAAUCACUUGACAUCAUUCUCCAUUCUGAUGUCACCUGAUAAAUCCUCCCAAGUAAUCUUUGAAGAUUAUAUUACCUACAUUGGCCUGGCCAUUUCAAUCUUGAGUUUGGUGGCCUGCCUUAUAAUUGAAUCCUUAGUCUGGAAAUACGUGACAAACAACACAACCUCCUAUAUGCGCCAUGUCUGCAUAUUCAACAUAGCUACAUCGCUCCUGAUUGCUGACGUUUGGUUCAUUGUCACUGCCUCCAUCAAUGACCAAAACCGACAGAUGAGCAGAGGUAUCUGUUUUGUGGCCACCUUCUUCAUCCAUUUGUUCUACCUGUGUGUCUUUUUCUGGAUGCUCAGCCUGGGCCUCAUUCUUUUCUACAGACUGGUCUUCAUUUUACAUAACACAAGCAAGACUGCUCAGAAAGCAGUGGCAUUCUGUCUGGGAUAUGGGUGCCCCUUUGUCAUUGCAGUCAUCACCAUCGCUGUCACACUGCCGGGGAACAGUUACACCAGAAAGGAUGUCUGCUGGCUCAACUGGAAGGACAGCAAAGCUCUCUUGGCCUUCGUCAUACCUGCCCUGAUCAUUGUGGCCAUGAAUUUCUUCAUCACCGCAGUUGUUAUAAUAAAAAUACUGAGGCCAACUAUUGGGGAUAGGUCAAACAGGCAGGAGAGGAACUCUCUGUUUCAAAUUUGCAAAAGUGUGGCCAUCUUGACACCACUGUUAGGCCUCACCUGGGGAUUUGGCCUUGCCACUGUCAUCCAAGGCAGCCAUCGAGCUUUCCACAUCCUCUUUGCUCUGCUCAAUGCUUUGCAGGGAUUAUUCAUUUUGGUGUUUGGGACUCUCUGGGACAAAAAGAUACAAGAAGCCCUGCUGAAGAGGAAUUCAAUGUCCAAAUGGAGUUCGCAGCAAACAAAGUCAUCCUCCCUGAUCCUGGUGACACCAAUGCUUUCUAUGAGCUAUCCAUUUUCAAGAACCUUUAACAACUUAUGUGGGAAAACAGGAAAAUACAGAGUGUCUUCUUCAGAGCCAUCCACCUCCUCCUCUGAAAACAUUUCCAAGUCAUAUUCUUUGCUUAACUGA